AUGGAAGAUAUUCCUAUUGAUAUCCAUCGCAAAAUUCUCAAUAUUAAUAUCACAAUACUGAGAUACAGUGGUGUUUGGCCGUUAUUGCCUACAGCCAAAACCGGCUGGAAAGUGUUUAAUUUUAUUUACAGAAUUUUUAAUUUGGCAGUUUUUAUUUUUUACCUGAUAACACUGGGUGCUGAUGCAGUAACUAAUUACAAUGAUUUGACAAUAUUUGGUAAUGAUGGUUGUUACUUUUUUGGCACUUGUAUGUGUUUAUUUAAGGGCUGUAAGUUUUGGGCUUCAUAUCAUAAAAUAAUAAAACUUAUUGUUGACGUUUACGAUCCAAUAGACGUGCUUAUACAAUCUUCAGAUCCUGGAAUACUGAUGAAUAUAAAACAAAGUUAUUAUCAAGAAAAUAUAGCUUUUUGGGGUUUCUGGAUAUUGUGUUCAUUUUUUAAUUUCUCCGUAAUAUUUUUGAUUCCCCGUGAAAAAGGAAUUCUACCUAUACGAGCUAUUUAUCCAUUUGACACAACAAUAUCACCAAAUUACGAGUUGGCAAUAUUAUAUCAAGCUUAUUGUCUUGCUUACGCUCUUUGUAUCGCUAUUGCACUUGACAUAACAACAAUAGGAUUCAUCAGAUGGUCGACAUUGCAAAUAGCUGCUCUGACUUCAAAUUACAAAAAUUCUAGCCCUAAUGUAGCAAAACGCGCAAGUUUAGUUACAUCAACAACUGAUUCUCGAAAAAUAAUCGAAAAAUUAAACAAAAUAAAAAUUACUGAUGAUGAUGUAGAAAUUGGAACAUUUGUACCAUUUAAUCUUCAUGAAGCAAAAUGCUUCAUUGAUGAUACAUUUUUAUCAAGAUUUACAACCUGUAUAAAAAAUCAUCAACGGCUUAUGAAAAUUAUUCACGAUCUGAAUGCAAUAUUGAGUUCAUUGAUGUUGGUACAAUUUGCUACGAGUACAUGUAUCAUUUGCUUAAAUGGUUAUCAAAUGAUUUUAGCAGAUACUUUAACGCACAAUCAAUGGAUUUCCGGUUGGGAGGACGCUUACAAUGACAAUAAUUAUUAUUACUUUAAUAACAAUAAUAAUAAAAUAAGCAACUUUAUCACCAUUUCAAUGAUUCCGACAAUGCAUCGUCUACAAUUUAAAUCUGUUGGCAUCUUUGUUUUAUCUAUGCCUACAUUUCUUUCAAUUGUUAAGAGUUCGUACUCGUUAUUAAUAAUUCUAAAUUCAUUUACCUCAGCCAAAUACGUCGGAAUUUGGUCACUUCAUUCAACAGUACCGACAGUUCUUAGAAUAUUUCAUUCAGUUUUCCGACUGUGUACUUUUAUUACAUAUGUUUUGCUACUCAUAGGCUCUGGAGUAGAUGGUAUUGAUAAUUAUAAAGAUUUAACCAAAGUUACAGAAAAUCUGUGUCUUUUCAUUGGUUCGGGUACAACAAUAGUAAAAGUGUUGAUUUUUUGUCUACGACAAAAUAUAAUAUUGAAACAUGUUGAGGAUGUUACUCACUCUAUUGAUAUAUUACAACAUUCAAGUGUGUCAUGCAUAAAAUGGUUGACAGUUCAGUUAAAAAUCGUAGCAUCAAACUAUCAAAACUGCGACAGCAGUUUAUUUGAAAGAUCCGGUUUUACUUCAACUUCUCUUGAAUCAAAAAUCUUAAAUAAUCAAGAGAACAUACACACAGAUAUUAAUGACAUCGAAAUAAAAACUUUUGUACCUCUUGAACAAGUACAUCAAGAUCAUAAUAAUAAUGAUGAUAUUAAUGAUUGUUUCUAUGAAAGAUUUAAAAUAUGUGUAAAACAGCAUCAGAAAAUAAUCAAAACUGUUGACGAUCUUAAUGCCACUUUUAGCGUUUACAUGCUUAUGCAAUUUGCUAUAAGUACUGGUUUACUGUGUUUAAAUGGUUUCCAAGUGAUUAUUGCUGACUCAUUAACAAACUCCCAAUGGUUUUCUGGAUGGGAAAAUUCAUAUAAUGGUAGUUUAAAAAAUCUUUUAUCUAUUUCAAUGAUUCAGAGCUUACGACCUCUCGAAUUUCACGCAAUUGGUCUUUUUAAAUUCACCAUACCAACAUUCGUCGAUGUAAGAAAAUUAUUAGAUAUUAACUGA